UGUGACAAAGCCAGCUUUGAGUUCGAGUGUUACGGGACAGACAAAGUCCAAUGACUUUGACUGUUGUCAAAUUGCGUGAUAUUGAAAAUAACAUUAGCUGAGUUUGGAAUCUACCAGUGUUCAUUCGCGGCUGAAAACCAGCACCACACACACUAGCAUUGAAUUGCAGGAAUAGAAACAAGGCAGUUUUACGAUUGUAGGCGUAGGUGUGUGAGCCAUUCAGCGUCAUGGCGAGCAAAGCGGAGAACAGCAGUCGUUCUGAAGCAAAGUGCUCGAGUCAGGAUAGCGGUGAACCCGCAGCGAACGGGUCUGCCAGCGCACAAGCAAGUCUUGCCUCUGGUCGAGCAGAUCAGGUAAGAAACAUACCCGAGGCAGUGUGCAGGUUGAGAGAUUUGUUAGUUGAGAAAUAUGUAAGCGCUACGGUAGAUAUGGGAGAAGGCAUGGUUGAGGAAGGGCUCAACGAACCCAGGGUUUCAGACGUGCAAGUGAGACUGAUCAUUUUGUCGAGACCCGAGCUCCGAGAUCAGUUCAGCAGGACGAAUUUUGAUUCGAUUGGCGACGUGUGGCGUGUGGAACAUGUUUUCACACAGGCGGCCACUAGCUUGGAGAAUAUCUCGCUAGAAAGUCUCUUCGAUCUUGAUAAAGAGCAGAUGCUGGAGUUCUCUAGCGGUGGUCGAACCUAUCGCAUCUUGGUUGUAGCCAGUGCUGGCUGCGGCAAAACAUUCGCCUUGACCAAAGUGGCUCCAUUGAAAUGGGCCCAGGAAGAAAUGUGGACGUCGUUUGACCUGGUGGUAGCGCGAAAGCUGCGACACAAGGAGGUGAGAAAAGCAAGGAAUAUAUGCUCUCUGCUUGGUGUGGAAGAGCUGGGAGAGUUUACGAGCGACGAGCGCAAGAGCAUCGAUGGCUUUGUACGUCAGCAAGCGCAGCGAGUGUGCCUAGUAUUAGAUGGGCUUGAUGAAAUUCGCCUUAGUGAGUGUAGUGGCUUUGUUCGUGACAUCAUCAACGGGUCUAAUGUGAAGGGGCUUCGUCUGGUAGUGACGUCACGGCCGUGCGUUGAGCUACUGAGCCUCUGUGAUCAAAAGCAGUUUGAUCGGCGUGUGGAACUUGUGGGUUUCCGGCAGGAUGAUGUAGAGGAGUACAUCGAAAAGGUGCUGAGAUCAGCGGAAGAAGCAUCGGCACUGGUAACGGCAGUACGGCUUGACCAGAACCUUGCUAGUAUGAUGGCCACACCAUUCCUGGCCAUGCAGACGUGCAAGAUCUUCCACUGUCGUAAACGCACGCUGCCCCGUUGUCUCUCGGAUAUCUUUGAGAUGAUGACCAUCCAAGUAGCAGAGCGUCACACCGAUGAGCCGUACAAGAAUUGGAAUACGAUCCCCGCUCGUGUGCGGUCCCUCAUCCUGGAUCUCGGAAAGUUCUCUUUUAGCAUGCUGAGGAAGCAGCAGCUGAUAUUCACUGAUGCUGACCUGGAGGCACGUUCGAUUGCCAGGGAAGCAAAGUCACUGGGCCUUCUUGUACUGGCCGACAACAGCAGCAGGGAUAAGGACCGGUUAUGGAUGUUCAGCCAUCUGACAUUACAAGAGUCUCUGGCUGCUCGCUACGUGGCUGUACACAAGACAACAACAUUGGCACAUGUUGUUCACCUGGUUGAGUCACUGGGACCCCAAACCAGCCACUUACGCACGUUCUGGAUGCUGCUGACGGCUCAGCUGGAUGGGGAGAAGGCUGACUGCUUGAUCAACGGUCUACUUACGCGGGUAAAGUCAGAAGAGAGAGACGAGCAAAACUGGGAUGGUGAAAGUGAAGGUUUGGCUGACACAGCGGCACUGGAAACUUUCCCACUGGAUUUGCUCGAGCCCCUCAGCGCCGGAUUAGACCAGUAUGAAAUACAUCGCCUAUCUGAAGAGUUGCUAUCCGACAGAAUUGAUGGACGAAGUGGCGAACAGUAUGUAGAGAAUCGCAGCAAAUACGGUCGAUCGUCUAGCGGUGAGCAGUUCCUGAGUACAAUGUUGCUGGCUUGGGUGGACCGGUGCCCGGACGCAACGCCUGCUACACUGGCUACUGCUCUCGGACGCAUGGGUAAAGAGGUACUCGCACAGUCUCUUACUGCUAAAAAGCCGGAUAAGCCACUGUUACAGAACAAUCCCUUUCACAACGAUAUAACAGAGGAGCAUCGCGGAAACUUGCAUCUUGCCGUGCUUUGCUAUGCUGAGUAUUCUCAUCACCAUGGCAACGACACCCAUCCCAUGUCCAGUAUUGCUGCUGCGUUCCAGUGCAUGGGUGUACGGAUAUGGGGUACCUACCAUCCUGCACUCAUGCGUGCCUAUGAUGUAGCCAUCAAUGUCCACCACAGCAGUGUGAGGACUGUUUACAUCCGUUCCCUGCAGCCCAACCACCCAGUUUCAUUGCCAGCAUCGUUACUCAAGUGUAGCAACAUCAUCGAUCUCCUUUUAGAGAGAUGUAGUUGGCAGUGGCAGGAGAUCCUCCUCGUUAUCAAGUCCUCACACCUACAACUGGAGAAGAUCUGGGUGGUUUACGGUGAUUUUAGUGAUGCUUCCAGGAGCAGUGUAGCAUCACACCCAGUCCACACCCAGCCAGCACAGGCUACACGCAGUGGAGAGGUAACAACGUCAGAACAGGUCACUGGCAACCCCGCACUACUCCUGGCCAACGCACUUGCCGACGUUCCCCGUCUCCAGGAAUUCACCCUGAGCAAUUGUGGCGGUAUUGACCAAGAGGGUCUGCGCAUGAUCUGCACAGCACUGCAUAGUGCAUCACAUCUGUCUGAAAUACACAUCUGUCAGUCCCACUGGGCACACUGCAUCAACGUGCUAACAGAAAACCUGCACACUGCCUGGCCAUGCUUGACGGUGCUAGUAGUCGGUGUUCACGAGGAGCCACUGCACUGUAGCCUAACCGACGAUGAUGCCACUGCAUUCCUGCAUGCCAUCAACAGCCAUACCUCACUGCAGAAACUAGCAAUCUUCGCCAACCAUACUGAAUUGGCCAGCGUGGACGCCUGCAAACGUCUCUUCAGCAGCAGUUCCUAUAGAUCUUCCUUGGACAAGGAUCUCUGCCUAGAAUAGUGACAGUAGUACCGUAGCUAUCUUGCCAGUACCGUCACUUAAUGAUGCAGAACUAGACACAUAGUCGGUAGUAAUUCCACAUUAUCCUGAAACAGUCUACUAGUAUGCAGUGACAGAUUAUGUAAGAGAACAAAACAAUUUAAAACUGUACCAGUACAGAUUGUGUACCACUAGCAGUACCCAUAGGCCUCGACUCAACACCUUGUCAGAG